AUGGCAGCAUCGUGUACCGCCACGUGGAGGUCUCUUCCAUCCACUCUGCAACCCUUCCUCCAUCUCUCCUUCUUCUCAAUCUCCCCCCACCCCCCCCAACUCGCUCUUCCCCAUACCCCCCGGCAGGGCGGAGACAUCAUCCUCCAGGGCGGAGACAUCAUUCAUCAGGUCUCCUCCUUCCACUCCGCCCCUCUCUCCGCCCUCUCGUGGUCCUCCCUGCACCUCUCCCCCUCCUCCACCACUGCUCCUCCCAAUGCCAGUCCUGCUCCCACCGCCACUGCCACCAGCACCUCCCUUCCUCUCUCCCCUUCCUCCCUCCUCGCCAACCUCCCCUCCCUCUCCCCCCUCUCCUCCUCCUCCUCCACCGCCAAGCUCCCCCCCUCCGCCCCCUCCCCGCCUUUCCCCCAUGGCCCCUACCACGACCUCACUCAUAUCUACCUCCCCCGGACUCCACCCGCCUCUUCCCUUCCCUCGGCCUCCUACCUCUCCAUGCCUGCUGACUCAGUUGCUGACGUGGACGGGGCCCGCGCGCCCGAGGAUGAGCGGUGGUGGAUGCACAUGCCUGCUGGCAAGGGGAGAGGGGGAGGGGGAGAGGGAGGGGGUGGAGGGGGAGGGGGAGGGGGGGAGGGAGAGGGAGGGGAGGAGGAGAGGAGUAUGCUGUGUGUGUUAGUGAGUGUGGAUGUGGUGGGGUGUGUGGUGGUGAGCGCGUUUGGCAUCUUCCCACUCAUCAAGCUG